AUGGCUGACAAUGAACCCACGCCCGCCGAGGAGGCAGCCGCCCGCGCCAAGGAGCAGCAGGAGCAGGAUGCGCUGCCGUACAAGUGGACUCAGACCAUUGGCGACCUGGAUCUGACCGUGUCGAUCCCAGGCAACCUCAAGGCACGCGAUCUUGUUGUGGACAUUAAGAAGACGGCGCUGUCGGUGGCCAUCAAGGGACAGGAGCCGUUCGUCAAGGGCGAUCUCUUCCAGGCGGUGCGGCUGGACGAGUCGACGUGGACGCUGUCGGCGAACUCGGACGGCACCAAGACGAUCGAGGUGCACCUGGACAAGGUCAACAAGAUGGAGUGGUGGCCGCACGUGGUGACAACGGCGCCCAAGAUCGACGUGACGCGCAUCCAGCCCGAGACGUCCAAGCUGUCGGACCUGGACGGGGCCACGCGCGGCAUGGUGGAGAAGAUGAUGUUUGACCAGCAACAGAAGGAGAAGGGCCUGCCGACGUCAGAUGAGCAGAAAAAACUUGACAUUCUAAAGAAGUUCCAGGCGCAGCACCCAGAGAUGGACUUUUCCAACGCCAAGAUCAGCUAA